AUGCUGCUCUCACGUGUUCCCAACGCUGGUCCCCUCCGUCGGGCUAGGCGUAUUGUGCACGGCUGGAUGCCCUCGCUGAACUUCAUAACCCUCCACUACAUUUACUUCGUUGGAACAUGCCUGGUCUCCAGCGGCAUCUUCUAUGCCGCUUCGACCCCACCUAGGAGUGUCAGCUACACCGACUCUCUCUUCUUGGUAACAAGCGCUAUGACCGAGGCAGGCCUCAACACCGUCAACUUGUCGAGCUUGAACACCUUUCAGCAAUUCAUGCUCUUCUUCCUCAUAAUGAUUGGCUCUGCCAUCUUCGUCUCGGCUUUCGUGGUUCAAGUCCGGAUGAGAGCGUUCGAGCAUCGAUUUGAGUAUGUGGCAGAGCGACGCCGACGAAGGUCAGACCGUCCCAGACGAGGCUCAAGGUCUCUUGCACGGCGCAUAUCGAGGAGUCUCUCCAGAUCGGGCGCAAGAGACAGCCAAGACGACCAUCGCUCCCCAGUUGAUGACCAUCCCAAGCCUAUGGUCGGGGAUACAGAUGAGGGCUCCAUUGUUGCCGACAUUGACACCAGGCCCGCAGAGCAGGCGCAGCUCUCUUCUUCGUCACGGCCGCAUCUCAUCACGUAUCGCAGUGAUGCCGGUGACGAAAUUCGCGUCGAGCCAGCUUCGAGCCAAGACAGUGGUGCACCAGCCCACAUAACUUUCGAACCGGACGUGUAUCAUCGUGCACAGGAGUCCUCCUCGACCCAACGUCAUCUCAAUCGUUUUAUGAUGGGUGUAGGCGCAGAACCACAUGCCAACAUCAAACGACUUCCACAAACAAGCGCCUCUGCUGCCACAGGCGACUUUCAGUCCGAUGUUGCAACAGUGCUGUCCAACAACAACCUACCGUUUGAAUCUUCUGGUAUAUUGUCCCGGAACUCGCAAUUUCAUCACUUGACCGAAGAAGAACGGGAGCAACUUGGCGGCUAUGAGUAUCGUGCUGUCAUCUUGCUCUCAUGGCUCGUACCCGCAUACUACAUUCUUUUCCAGCUCUUCGGCUGCAUCGGGCUGGGGGCCUACGUCGCUAUGAACAAGCCCAUGGUCACACGAGCGAACGGUCUCAAUCCUUGGUGGGUGGGCGCCUUCAACGCCGUGUCCGCGUUCAACAAUUCCGGCAUGUCGCUCCUCGACGCAAACAUGGUGGCCUUCCAGAAGUCUGCCUACAUGCUGAUCACGAUGGGCCUGCUCAUCCUUGCCGGCAACACAGCAUACCCCAUCUUUCUCCGCCUCAUCGUCUGGACAUCUCUUAAAUUGGUUCCCAAAUGCGAACGCUUCGAGGACUUCCGCAAGACUCUGCAGUUCCUGCUCGACCACCCACGCCGCUGCUAUACCAACAUGUUCCCUUCCCGCCACACCUGGUGGCUCCUCGCGUGUCUCAUUUGUCUCAACGGCGUUGACUGGGCAGCCUUCGAGAUUCUCAACAUUGGUAACACCGAUAUCACAGGAGACCUAUCCACAGGCUAUGAAGUCCUCGACGGCCUCUUCCAAGCCCUCGCCGUCCGCAGUGGGGGAUUCUACGUCGUGACCAUCGCUCUCCUUCCCAUCGCCCUCCAGGUCCUCUACGUAAUCAUGAUGUACAUCUCCGUCUACCCCGUCGUCAUCACCAUGCGCAACAGCAACGUCUACGAGGAGCGCAGCCUCGGCAUCUACACCGACGACCCGGGAUACGCCGCCAGCCAGGCGUCCUCCGCCGGCAUCCUCGGCAAGCUCCGCAGAAAAGUCACUGGAGAAGCAUUCGAGCACACGAAGAGCUACUUCGUCCGCCAACAACUCCGCGCCCAGCUCGCGCACGACCUCUGGUCCGUCGUCCUCGCCAUCUUCCUCAUCAUGAUCAUAGAGGGGUCGAACUUCAAGGCCCACCCUGCCGAAUACAGCGUCUUCAACGUUGUCUUUGAGACUGUCUCGGCCUAUGGGCUAUACGUCCUACAUUUCAAUCUUCUACAAAACCGCAGUGCCCAUGGUGGAGUUGUCUUCACCACUUUCAAAGUCUUCAAAGGCCUUUUCGACGGGCGUGGCAGUUGGCUCGACUUCGACCCAUCCGUCUUCAGCAUCCGCUUGUACUCCGCACCGUUGGCUGUUGACACUAUCAGCAUGCGGGACUUUAUCGCCACGAUCAAGCUCUGGGAUCGCUUCGCCGUGCACAUGCAGGGGUCGGUCUUAAAGCAAGUCACGCACUACCCCGGACUCGUGCGGCUGCAGCUCUUCAUCCUGCUAUGUGAACUCCUCCGCGAUUUCCUGGAUCACGGAUACCUCCGAUUUCCCGGCGUCUGGCUGAGCGCCCACGGACACAUCCAAAGCGUUUUCUUCCCACACUCGGACCCAUCGACAGUGGCACCCGAGUUCCAUGGUCUGGACGAAAAGGAGCUGCAAUUGCUUGCGAUCAGAGAGGCAGAGAGGCAGAGAAGCUUGUGGCUACAGACGCCAUCGCGGAAGGGUACUUUUGGACUAAUCCCGGACGAGUGCAUGGAAAGAGAGAACUUCUUGCUGCUGGAGUGUUGGCAUGUGCUGCUUAUGCACCUUUUCUCUAGUGAAAUGCUGAAUAAUCCGAAGCCCUUGGCGCUUGUAGUCCAGCGUGAGUAG